UCCAGCACCUUCACGCGUGAAACGAGUCGGGUAGCAAAAAGCCGGGUGGGGGUAGGGGUCAUAGAAACUAACAAAACCCUGCAGAUCAGGUGAUCAAACCUCAUGAGAUUAGGAUCCAGUGUUGCAAUAUCAUAUGUGUGCUCUUUGCACGGAAAUCGUGUCAGAAAAAGCGAACCGUGCCGUACUAGAGCGCAGACACCUGUACGCGCGCUUCACACCUGUCUUUGUCCUUGAGACGCCACGGACUAGACACAUUUAGCUCUUUAACUGAGUUUAGCCGGUCUCUGGCAAUCUGGCCCAUUUGGGACUCCUCCUCCUUCAUCACCCCUCCACCCCCCUCGCACUCACACCUCCUCUUCAUCUCUUCCGCCGCUGCUCCGCUCGCUGCUCCCUGCACAGCCGCAGUCCACAGCGAUGCGCCGUUAACGGCUGAGCCGCUCCGCGCUCUUUUUCUGCUUCCAUUUAUUCCCCUCUCCCGAGCUGCGUCUCCGUCCACAGUGAGAUACCGUGGAAAUGUCAGGCUGUCGUUCUUCAAUCUAGACCGGGAAGUCUCAGCUCACAGAGUCAAGACGGGGGGCACAAUGAGUGAAGAGCCACCAGUCACCCCCAGCUGGCUGGCUCCUGAUUCCACAGCUUGGGCCAGUGGAGGUGGUGGACCAAUGGACAACAGCACCAGCCUGGGGCCGCUUCCACCGGAAGACUCCCUGCGGCCCAGCCAGCUGCCGCUGCUGGUCAACCCCUGGGACAUUGUGCUGUGCUCAUCUGGGACUCUGAUAGCCUGUGAGAAUGCUCUGGUGGUGCUUGUGAUCUGGCAGAACCCAGCGCUCAGAGCUCCCAUGUUCCUGCUGAUUGGCAGCCUGGCAUUGGCUGACCUGCUGGCCGGCCUGGGCCUCGUACUGCACUUCACCUGUGCCUACUUGCUUCGCUCUGAUUCAGCCCAGUUGCUGACUGUGGGCUUGAUAGUGGCCUCAUUUUCUGCUUCUGUCUUUAGCUUGCUGGCUAUCACUAUUGACCGGUACCUAUCAUUGUAUUACGCCCUCACCUACAACUCAGAGCGGACAGCGGCCUUCACCUACACCAUGCUUGUGCUGCUGUGGGGCCUGUCCCUUUGUCUAGGCCUGCUGCCCGUCACAGGGGUCAACUGCCUAGCAGAGGCGGCUACAUGCAGCGUGGUGCGGCCGCUGACAAAAAAUAACAUCGCCGUGCUGUCUGUCUCCUUCUUGCUGCUCUUCGGUCUCAUGCUGCAACUCUACGUCCAGAUCUGCAAGAUCGUGAUGCGCCACGCUCACCAAAUCGCCCUGCAGCACCACUUCCUGGCUGCCACACCCCACUACGUCACAACCCGAAAGGGCGUGUCCACCCUAGCCAUCAUCCUGGGUACUUUUGCUGCCUGCUGGAUGCCAUUCACUGUUUACUCGCUCAUCGCUGACUACACAUACCCGCCGCUCUAUACCUACGCCACACUGGUGCCUGCCACCUACAAUUCGGUCAUAAACCCGGUCAUCUAUGCCUUCAGGAACCAGGAGAUUCAGAAGGCGCUGUGGCUGGUGUGCUGCGGCUGUGUUCCCACCAGUGUGGCCCACCGUGCACGGACUCCGAGUGAUGUCUGACCAAGCAGACCCAGGUGGGAAGAAAGAGAGGCAACCUGGGUCAGCUCUGCUCCUCACUGGAUCUUACCAGUGCCAAAGAGAGAGCAGCAGCAGAGGAGGUCCGGGGCAGUAGUGGAGGGCUGUGGCUUGAGCUCUGGCCUGGAGAUGUCAUUGGCAGACGCAGAUUGGUUAAUCAUCCACAGCCAAAUGGAUGCAUGGAUGGAUGGCUAGAUGGCAUUUUUUUUCUUUGAUACACGUACCACAGGGCAAAGUAUCUCACUGUCUUCCCCAAUAAAGACCACUAUCGGGACUUCCUCCCGUUCAACCCAUGCCACACCCUUCCUCAUGUCUGCAGAGAGCACUGAGUGCAUCACAUGUUAAAGGCAGCAGCUGUAUAUAUAAGACAUGCAUACACUAAGCGGAACCGGACCACUUGAGGACAUGUGCUUAUUUUCCACCAACAGGGAGGAAUUGUUAGUUUGCGCCUGCGUGUGUGUUUGUGUAAAAACCUCACGGCGCAUUAGUUUGUGAUGAGCAGAGAAGGAAGGAGGGAGGGAGCCGACCGCGGCUCAGUACGCAGGCAUUUCCACAGCAAAGCCCGUCUGGAGCAGCAGCAACCCGGCAGCUCUUCUGCUGCACUCCGAACGUGCGUCGAAAGCUAAACAGCCGCGGAGAGCUAUAAAUAGACCCGGAGCUCUCUGAUCUGCGCCCUGCGUUCUCAACGGAAAGAAAUCAAGCCGCUCCCUCUUUCUUUUCUCCCCUCUCUCAUGUUCUCAUCCCUUUUUUCCACCCUUUCUGGAGGUAUUUUAGUUCAGCUCGCAUCUCUGAAGGCCAAGACAAAGCACUUGAGAGACUUUCCCCAUUAGCCCCCUCUUUCAUUUUUUUAUUAGUAUGGAUGGAGGCAUCAAAUCAAAUAGAGGCCUGUUGGAUUAAAUAACAUGACUACAUACCUCUCCUCCUCCACCUCCUGAGGGGAGAUUUACAUUUCAAACAUAUAAAAGAAAAACAGCUGAGGAAUAACAUGGGUGGUGAAAUUAACACAGCUGAUCAAAUAAAUGGAACCAGAGUAGCAAAAUUAUACUGUUUAUUUUAUUUGAUCAUGUUUCCCUCCCGAAGAGCCUCAGCCUCAUUAAUAGGUGUGCAUGUAAUGGCCCGGUUUAAUUUGCAUGCAGGUCCCUCAUUGCUCUUCCCGAGUUCAGUGUGGUAGGUCACACAGGUCGCUGCAGGCAAUGUGCCGUGGUUUCCUGAUGUCGCCAUGACCCAAAUAAUUGUGUUUAUGUAUAAUGUACCUCACAUUGAAAGAGCUAAAAUCAUUGCACCAAGGUCACAGGAGAGGUUUUUGUUUCAGCAUUUUGCUUCAGAUGCUCUGAUAAUGAUCAUUCCACAUCACUCCUCAGCUGCUCUGAGUUGGUUCUCCAGAAUAUUUUGGUUUAAAAACAGGUCUGCAACCUUCUCGAAAUCGUCAAGUCCUUAUUUCCUAUUCAGCAAUAACUAGCCUGUGAUUGGUAGUUAUUUUUUAGACGCGAAGCAAUACUCAGACAGCAAUAACAUCCGCAUCCCACCGCGACUUCUUCCUACAGAGUCAAGUACCAUCUUGGCGAUGUGUUGCAAAGAACAGGCUCAGCGAACUACGAGUGAUGCUUCAGAGAUACAUCUUCAAAUGGAUGAUAGACACAUAAUCACUCCCAUGGCUGAGUAAAAAGAAAAAAAAAGAGGAUGAAACUACUCAUUCAUCACAGUGACACCACUGCCUCAUUUCUCCACAACCCUACAUCGGUCUUCAAUCAUUUAUCACACCGGGGUGAAAAUGUGAACUUUCUUUUCCUGUUGCCUCUGCCUUUUGUGAGCAUACGAACUGUCCGUCCUGAGUUUUGUAAUCUCAAAUGUGUGAUUUGGGACUGUUUUGCAUGGUCUCUGGGUGUGUGCAUGUGUGUGAGUGUGAUCCAUCAUCUCAGCAGACCAGAAUCUGUCUCCUUGUGUGGGUCAGAGGGGGAAUAAUGUAGGUCUGAGACAUAUCAAGUCCUGUUGACCUCUGACCUUAUAGGAAUAUGCUGUAAGUCUUCCUGUCAAUUCUGAAAUAAGUGGCCUCGUUAUGUGUUUGUAGAGCUUCUUGGAAGGAGAUGGGACUAGGAGGUGGGUGCAGUGGCUGGAGGGAGCUCCAGCACCUCAAGCCAAAGUGAAACGGACUCUAAAUGAACUGGGAUCCUAGUCCUGCUGGUGUCUUCUGUCUCCUCUAUCACUAAUAUUUUACUCUACGUUAAACAGUUUAGUCUGGUUGAGGCAGGUGUCCGUUAAGUGACCUCUGAAUGAUCCUAUGAGCUAAAAAAGGCUACUUCCAAAUAAAAAGAUAAUGUCUCUU